AUGUAUGUAUAUUCUAUAUCAUAUGCCGUUGGUUUCAUUCUUGGUGUUGCUCUUUUAAUUGGUCCUUUCUUAGAAGUUCUGAAAUUAUCUAGACAAGCGAAGAAAGGUAAGAAACAAGAAGAUAACGAGGAGAAGGAUAACGAAGAAGACUUUAAUGAUGAGUAUGAUAAUACAAUAUCUCGUUAUAUUCCUGAGCUUUGA